AUAUCUUUAUUUCUUCUGUAGAACGGUUUGUCCCCAAUUCACAUGGCAGCUCAGGGGGAUCACAUGGACUGCGUCAGGCAGCUACUGCAAUACAAUGCUGAGAUUGACGACAUCACACUGGACCAUCUGACCCCGCUUCAUGUAGCAGCCCACUGCGGUCACCAUCGCAUGGCCAAAGUCCUUCUGGACAAGGGAGCCAAAGCUAAUGCUCGUGCGCUGAAUGGCUUCACACCUCUUCAUAUUGCUUGCAAGAAGAACCACAUGAGGUCAAUGGACCUGCUGUUAAAGCACUCUGCUUCCUUGGAAGCUGUCACGGAGUCGGGUCUCACUCCUCUUCAUGUAGCAGCAUUCAUGGGCCAUCUAAACAUAGUAAAGAACCUGCUCCAAAGAGGGGCUUCACCUAAUGCUUCCAAUGUGAAAGUGGAGACYCCCCUCCAUAUGGCCUCCAGAGCAGGACACUGUGAAGUGGCUCAGUUCCUGCUACAGAACGCAGCGCAAGUGGACGCAAAAGCAAAGGAUGACCAGACACCCCUACACUGUGCGGCUCGUAUGGGCCACAAGGAAUUGGUCAAGCUGCUCCUAGAGCACAAGGCUAACCCUGACUCAGCGACGACUGCAGGUCACACGCCUUUACACAUCGCUGCACGUGAAGGACACAUCCACACCAUACGGAUAUUAUUAGACGCAGGAGCCCAACAAGUGAAGAUGACAAAGAAAGGUUUCACUCCUCUCCAUGUAGCUUCUAAAUAUGGAAAAGUGGAUGUAGCGGAGCUUCUUCUGGAAAGAGGCGCCAAUCCAAAUGCAGCAGGGAAAAACGGUCUGACACCCCUUCAUGUGGCCGUGCAUCACAACAACCUGGAUGUUGUUAAACUCCUGGUCAGCAAGGGAGGAUCUGCCCACAGCACUGCCCGAAACGGUUACACUCCUCUGCACAUAGCUGCCAAGCAGAACCAGGUGGAGGUGGCCAGUGUUCUGCUUCAGAAYGGAGCGUCCCCAAAUGCAGAGUCCCUCCAAGGCAUCACGCCCUUGCACCUGGCUUCACARGAGGGGCGGCCCGACAUUGUGGCUCUGCUCAUCUCCAAACAGGCAAAUGUAAACCUCGGAAACAAGAAUGGACUGACUCCUCUGCAUCUCGUAGCUCAGGAGGGUCAUGUGGGCAUCGCAGACACUUUGGUCAAACAGGGCGCAUCCGUUUAUGCUGCUUCACGGAUGGGCUAUACCCCCCUCCAUGUGGCCUGUCACUAUGGAAACAUAAAGAUGGUGAAGUUUCUUCUGCARCAGCAGGCUCAUGUGAAUGCCAAAACAAGGAUGGGCUACACCCCUCUGCACCAAGCAGCUCAACAGGGCCACACUGACAUUGUGACUUUACUACURAAACAUGGAGCCAUGCCUAAUGAAAUCACAUCAAAUGGGACAUCUCCUCUUGGCAUCGCUAAGCGAUUGGGUUACAUUUCUGUCAUCGACGUGCUAAAGCUGGUUACAGAGGAGUCUGUUUCCGCUAUGACCACAGAGAAGCAUCGGAUGAGCUUUCCUGAGACAGUAGAUGAGAUUUUGGAUGUUUCUGAAGAUGAAGGAGUUUGCCAGCUAACUUUAGGAGAUGAAUUGCUCGGGCUGGAUGGCGCACGCUAUUUGAAACUUGAUGACUUCAAAGACCAGGAUGAUGACUUUCUCUCCCCAAAGAAAACCCUGAGAGAUUUUGAGGGGGGGGCGGGAACCACGCCAUACUCCCCUGCUAUUCCCAGGAUUCCUUGUGUGUCCCCGGAGACAGUACAGCUCGACCAGCACACGCCCAUCCCUUUACCAAAAGAGUAUGAUGAGGAUUCUCUUAUACCGAGUAGUCCCGCUACAGAGACCUCAGACAACGUCAGCCCUGUGGCCAGCCCCAUUCACACAGGGUUCCUGGUGAGUUUCAUGGUGGAUGCACGUGGAGGCUCCAUGCGAGGAAGCAGACACCACGGCUUGCGGGUGAUCAUCCCUCCCCGCACCUGCGCUGCACCGACACGCAUCACCUGCCGUCUUGUGAAACCCCAGAAACUGACGACGCCUCCUCCACUGGUGGAGGGAGAGGGCCUGGCUAGUCGCAUCAUCUCCCUGGGGCCCUCCAGCAUGCAGUUUCUGGGGCCUGUCAUAGUGGAAAUCCCCCACUUUGCCUCAUUGGCCCGUGGGGACAGGGAACUUGUGGUCCUCCGAAGUGAAAACGGCUCCGUUUGGAAGGAACAUCGCAAUCGCUAUGGAGACGAAGUGCUAGAAACCAUUUUGAAUGGCAUGGAUGAAGACUUGGAGAGUCAAGAGGAGCUGGAGAAGAAGAGGAUACGUCGAAUCAUCUCCACCGACUUCCCCCUCUACUUUGCUGUAGUCUCUCGCAUUCAGCAGGAAAGCGAUCUCAUCGGCCCCGAAGGUGGCCGGCUCACCAGCAAGCUGGUGCCCCACGUGGAAGCCAUCUUCCCUGAGACGGCCGUCACCAAGAGAGUGAGGCUGGGAUUGCAGGCACAACCAAUCCCUGAUGAACUGCUAACUAGGCAGCUGGGAAACCAGGCAACCUUCAGCCCGGUGGUUACAAUCGAACCCCGGCGGCGCAAGUUCCACCGUCCAAUUGGUCUGCGCAUUCCUUUACCUCCAUCCUGGAGGGAAAGUCCACGUGAUGCAGGGGAGGGAGACACCACCAGCUUGCGCCUUCUCUGCAGUGUUAUAGGUGGAACAGCUCCAGCUCAGUGGGAGGACAUUACUGGAACCACCAAGCUGAUGUACGCGAGUAGCUGUGCCAGUUUCACCACCAACGUGUCUGCAAGAUUCUGGCUGGCAGAUUGUCCUCGUACAGCAGAGGCAGUGACCUUUGCCAACUUGCUGUACAAGGAGCUCAUGUCAGUCCCAUAUAUGGCCAAAUUUGUAAUUUUCGCGAAGAUGAACGAAGCUCGGGAAGGUCGAUUGCGUUGCUACUGCAUGACAGAUGACAAGAUGGACAAGACUCUGGAACUGCACGAAAACUUCUCAGAGGUGGCCCGAAGUCGAGACAUCGAGCUUAUGGAGGGCAUGCCGCUGCACCUGGAGUGUUCUGGGAAUUUAGUGCCCAUCCGGAAGGCCACUCAGCAGCCUCGCAGCUUCAGCUUCCAGGCCUUCAGAGACAACAGACUGCCUGUUUCUGUCAAGGUGAGGGACAGUAACAAGGAAGCCACUGGGUUUCUGUCUUUUCUGAGGAAAUGCACAAAGUACGAGGACUCGCAACACGUCUUGUGUAACCUUAAUAUAACUAUGCCACCUUGUGUCAAGGUUGCUGGGAGUGAGGAACGCAGGCGAACUUUGACCCCUCUGGCCCUGAGAGAGCGCUACAGUGCACUGAACGAGCCCGGUGUGGCUUCAGUGAACGCCAUGGAGAGAACCGAGAUCAAAAUCAACAUCAUAUCUGAUCAGCUGGGCUUAAGCUGGGCAGAGUUGGCGCGAGAGCUUCAGUUUAGCGUUGACGACAUCAACAGGAUCCGUGUAGAAAAUCCAAACUCCCUUUUGGACCAGAGCUCCGCCCUGCUCAACCUGUGGCUCAGCAGAGAGGGCAAAAGGGCCAAAAUGGAGAGCUUGUACACUGCUUUAAAGAACAUUGACCGUGCAGAUAUCGUGUCUUCACUUGAGGGUCAGGCCCCACAACAGGGGCCCGGGUUGUCAGAAGAGGGGGCCUGUCGUCUGGCGGACAGAGACUCUACAUUGUUGUCCCCCAGUGUCAUUAAUGAGAUCACGGACACAAGGCCUUCACGCAUAGUGCACAAGCCAAGAGUUAUUAGACCCCCGUUUUUCAGAAGGGGUUAUGGGCUGGUGCAGGAGGAGCUUGUGUCCCCGGCCUCCAUGCAGUACAGCUUGCCCUCUCCAUUGGGUGUGGAGCCAUACUGGCAGGAGGUUUCCAGCCUGGAGUGUGCGCCCAUUGCCACCACGGAGGAAGACACACUAAUGGAGAUGUCGGAUGUUCAGGUGUGGCCAGCAGGGGUCAGCCCCUCGCUGGUCACAGUUGAGGACUCGUCGCUAGAUGGUAGCAGUCGAGCAGAUGACUCUGAGGGCGCGACGCUUUCCUUGCCCUGCAGCUUGGGCCGUCCAAGCAGCGGAGCCAGUGGGGCCAGCGGUUCCAUUAUGGAGCUGGAGGAAGAGGAGGAGGAGGAGGAGGAGGGGGGAGAGGUAGAAGAGGAGGAAGUGCCACAAGAGCCAGCAAGUGCACUGGCAGAACGGGACAGGGUGAGGGCCACUGGUGCUGUUCCCAAGGUCAAUCUGAACGGGCAACCGGGAGGUCAGAGGUCAGACGCAAGGAGAGGGGACGGUGUGGCGGUGGGAGGAGGAACUAAAGGAGGAGUUGGUGGUGUGGGGCUGGGCUCAGUGGAAGGGAUUUCUCUUGUUGCAGGCCAGCAGGUGUAUGCCCAGCAUGGUGAGAUGACUGGGCUCAGGCCACCGGAACACAACGGGGACAACCGGAUGGUGGGAGGUGGAGCAUUUCAGCCAUACUUGCCAGACAAGGACUCCCUGCAGGGCUGGGUGGGCUCGGCGUCAUCCGGACAUGGCGGAAGUGUGCCAGGCUUGCACACAGUCCAGGAAGCCUUACUGACUCCGGAGACGGGCCAGCAAGCUUGGGAGCAGGAGCAGAGGCGUGGCCAGAAAGAAGAGAAGGCGGACUGCUCUGCCGAGGCUAAAUUUGUUGAAGAACGUGGAAUUGCGCUCUCUAGAAAAGUGGGGAUGGAUGUAAGAAAGGGUGCUCAGUCAUUGCAGCGCACCAGUCUCCGGAGAGUUAAACACUGAAAUACACAUACUGCCCGGUCCUCCAGGACCGGAAACCCACUGCCAAAACACCCACCACAAAAACACGACCAGAACGAAGAUGGAAAUGAAGAGUUAGAAGAUGUGGGGAGGAAGUGGAGAAAACAUACCAGGACAACCAGAAACAUCCUCAACCUGUGAUCAUGAAGCACCACAAAACAAAAGAAGACGAGAACAAAAAGAGGAGUUGAACUUGUAGUUUUAUAACAUUUGUAAAGAAAAAUAUAACUAAACAGAGGCAUGGUAAUUCAUUUUUAUACAAAAAAAAAAACUAUAAAUGUUCGUAAAACAACUAAGGAAAAAAAAAAAGCAACAAAGUGCUUCCUGUGAACUGUAAUCGCAUGAUAACUGCUGGUGCAUGCCCUUUGACCUUUUGAACUGUCAUUAUCUACAAACUGAAGGAGUAAAAAAACUSAAGGUACAGGGGCCGGCCCGUGCAUGGGUCAUAGGCCUUUUUAAAGGACCUCAUGCCCACUAACUGGAGCCGUUUGUCAGCGAGUUGAGUCCGUUAACACUGCAGCCAAAAAAAAAAAAAAGAACACACAACUCCCUCACAGGACGGCUGUAUAUGCAGCAAAGCCUCUGCUGAGCCAAUGCUUCUGUCAUCGGACYCUUCCUCCUCUUAUUCUUAAUGUGAUAUAUGCACUCUAUGCUCUGUGGACAUGUGUGUGCGUGUGUGUGUGCGUUUAAAUUGCUCUGCCGCAUGUGUUACCUUGCUUCGAGCUCUGCGUUGAGCCUCKCCCGCCCCCUCCCCUGAUUGGCUUGUUGUCUCUGUGAUGUCACGSCGUGCUCGACCUCUGCCAAGAGAAGGCCGCCGGCUCUUCCCCGCUUGUGAGUUCUCGUCUGCGUGUAUCUAUGUUUUUAUUUAGAUUUAUCCUUAGACGAGCUCGCUUCCUCUUCGGUAUCUGUCCGCUUUGGUUCUCCACUUUGUUUGACUUUGGUAGAGAACUGGAUCUCUUUAAUUCCCUCGUGUCUUCAGGGGUAAUGUGUUCUAAAGACAUCGGAAUGUUUUCCUUGGAAAUGAGUUGGUUGCUUGACGGCAUUGCACAGCAGCUCUGUGAUAAAUAUCUUGACUUUUUCCUUCCUUACGAGAUUUUUCUGGUUUUUCUUGGUAGCAUAUCUCAUUUUGAGCCAUCUUUACUGGUAGCCCUCGUUUAUAUGCAGUAAAAAUCGCAGGUCUCCUCUAUCCAUUUGACUUCUCUGCUCCAUCUUUUUUUUUUUUUUAUCUGUGUCAGCUGCGGCAUCUUGCUGUCAAAUUUUUAUUUAUCCAUUCAAUACAAAAGACAUAGAAGAAAUACUGAAGAAGUUGACUUUUAAGACAUUGCUUGGAAAAUUCCUGGCAAGUGUGAAAGUUGCAGGUGACAAAACAUAAAGCGUGGACAGAGAGGUARCACUGUGACUGUCCGGUUAUCACUGACCCCAGACUCGUGAACUUUCUAUAYGUGGCUUGCAAAGGUAUUUAUUACUUUGUGAACAUCUUCUGAUACUUCUGAAGAUGCGGUCCCAUCUUYUGAUGGGACCGCAUACUGCACAGUUGUGAGGUAAAAGGAUGAGUAUAURUUGUUGUGAAUGUUUUGCUACAAGUAAAAAAAGUAUAGGUAUAUUCAACAGCAACCCUACGAUUACAGGGUUACACACAUAUUUUUUUUUUAAGUUUUCUAAUUUAAAGUUAUAAUUUUUCAUUUAAAGCACCCCUUGUAGGCUUGUUGUUGUGCCAUGCGCUUUYCAUCAACAAAUGACAAAAACAGGGCUGUAUGUGGCAGAAAACAUCCCCAAAGUGGUUGUCGCAUGACAACCACUGAAUCCUGAAUCCUGAAGAUGUUCUAUAUAAAUACCUUUGCAAGCCUCAGUACAUUCAGAUAUAGAACAUGAAAAAGCACAUAAACAAACAAAAUAAACUUAUGGUUGAAAUGUCAGAAUGUCAGACAGCUUUGCCACAGCAAUAAUGCCUAACAAAAAGAAAAGAUGGAUUGAUUGUCCAGCAAUUAUGAUCUGUGAUGUUUUUUUUAAAUAUAUUACUAUUAUCGUUAUUCAUUGUUUAAAGCACUAACGUAGAAAAUCUAAUUUCGCUGAAGUUAUUUUUUAAAAGUUUGUUUGUUGAGAUGGAGUCACCCAAAAUCAGUGUUGCUUUCACUGAGUUAUUAAGGCUAUUAGUGUUUCACACAUGUAAUAAAAAAAAAAAAUUAAGCUCACAUUACUGAAAGUCAUGUAUCUUUCAACACUUUAUGCAGAAACCGGACAGCAGCACUAUGUAGACUUUGUAUCACAGUAGCACACGUUUCUGGAGCGUCUCAACACUAUUUUAUCCCACAAGUACUGUAAAUGCUACUGUAGCCUGAAUGAGUGCAGCACAGAAUGAAUGCACAUAUUUUUCAUAUGCUCUCCAUGCAAGCAACCUUCAUCAGAUAAUAGCACGUUUUAUAACAUCACAUUUUACACUCAGGUUUUUUUGUUUUUUUUGUUCUGCUAUGUGAAAUGAAAAUAGUGUUGAAAUACGGAUCGCUCGAUGGAAAAUGAGGUUGAGUCUAGGCAGGCGCACCGGAAACGAGGGUUGUGAAUUUUUUGGUCCUUUCGAAGAGGGAAAUCUGUGUAUUUUUUUUUUUAUUAUUAUUUUAUGGGGCCGCAUGAAACAGAAAGGUUUGUUUAUAGAUGUGUGUCAGAUUCUAUUGAUUCAGAUGAGACCAAAAAGUAGUUUUUAAUGCGUCUGAAUGAGUCCUCUUGUUGCAGCCCUGGCAAAUGGGUUUUGUUUAUCCCACUUCAUUUUAACACCUGAUGAACAAAAAGUAACCAGAAGCAGAGAUGACUGCAUUUAUUUAUUUAUUUWUUUUUUCAUAUYUUUUUGUUUAGUUUUUUUUAUGUUUGAAUUGAAAUCCAGCACUUUCUAAAAUUACUGGCAGUAGCAUAAUCUUACACUGAAGAUUGUAGAGAAAUAUAACCUUGGGGGAGGCAAAAACCUGUGUCACAAUUACUGGAACCUCUGUCAAUUGAGAU